AUGGCGAUUAAAGUAAUUAUUAUCAACCAUAAUUUUUAUUGCAAUUCUUACUUAACAAACGCUUUUUAUAGGCACGGGCUAGGAAAAUGUGGAAAUGAGUACGGUCCUUUAGUUGAAGUUCCGGACUGGUCUUAUGCCGAUGGCCGACCAGCCCCCAUUGCAGAAAAUGAGCAGAAACGACGAUUGAGAAAUAAAGCCCUGGCGGAAACUGCAGUUAGGUACAUAAAAGAAAUGAAUGAAGCCAAAGAAAGUUUUGUGAAAAAGAUUCCCAUUGAAGGGCGCGUUGAAAGGCCAAAAAUAUAUCCACUUGUAUCAUCUAAACAAGAGAAAAAUAGAUACUAA